GUGAACUCUCGAAACGAACGCAAAAGCCCUCGCGAGAGCUUUGGAAUUUCCUCUUUGAACGGAACCUGCUUCCAAGAUGGUGAGUGCUGAAUUGGGCUACCAAAAUUAUACUAAAUAUCUGCAUUCAUCGUCGCUUUUAGGGUCAUUCUGUAAAUUGGACAACGAUGAUAAGAUUGUUAAGAUUGUUUUUGAGAGCUUUUAUCCUGUAUUUAUUAUGUUGAAGUUGCAUAUAUUGAUGUAAAUGAACAGCCUGCCAAUACUAAAUUGACCAUAUACCGCGCUGAUACUAUGCUGCAUGAAGGUACAGCUUUCGUCAAUAUAGGCUUUGGUUGUGUUUUUUUAUUCGCAAAAUAGAUUGUUGUAACCCAUACUUUUACACUAGUUUGUUUGUGUGGUUGGUAUUAGCCAAGCAGUUUUUAGCCGUCCUUGUCAACUAGUUUUGGUAAUCUCAUUGCUACUCAUUGUUGGCUGAUGUUAAAGUUAGUAAGAACUCGCAGAUGGCCAGGUGAAGGCUGGAGAUUUUUACACUACAUGUUUGCUAGUUUUUCCAGGCUUUGCUUGUGGAAAUACAAAUUACUAAUACUCAGUCACACAUUGUUUGCUGCCUAGAAAGCCCACUGCCAGCCCAGGCCUCAGGAAGGACAAUGUAGUUAGCAAAGUGAAUCUCUCUAUUGACCAUGUUUGUUCUGUUAUUUCUCUGCAGUCUCUGGUCAUUCCUGAGAAGUUCCAGCACAUUCUUCGUGUUCUCAACACGAACAUUGAUGGUAGGAGGAAGAUUGCCUUCGCCAUCACAGCAAUCAAGGUAAGCUUGUUCAGAAUGUCUUUCUCAGAACCAGGUAGAGAUGUCUGCACAGUUGGCAAAUGUGGGAAUUAACCUAAGUAAUUGUUAAUGUGUAUUACCUGCACAGGGUGUUGGCAGACGAUAUGCCCAUGUUGUCCUGAGGAAGGCUGAUAUCGACCUCAGCAAGAGGGCUGGAGAACUGACCGAUGAUGAGGUGAGAGGAAUGCAUGGGGCAGUUGUGUACAUAUUGUUUCUCAACAUGAAAGCUGUAUGUAUUGGAGGGGCUGAGGCUGGAAUUCAAACAAACCACUGUGCUGGUUGUUUGAAUCCCGGCCUUACACUCCUUUCAUGGAUCAUCUUGGAUCACUGAGUGAGGUAUUGUGAUGGGGCCAGUCAUCUGCAAACUCAGUCUGCAUUGUUGAGUUUCUUUUUCUACCUAGCAUCUCACUAAUGUUGAUGUAUACAUGCAUUUGUCCCCAGGUCGAGAGGGUAGUGACAAUUAUGCAGAAUCCUCGCCAGUACAAAAUCCCUGACUGGUUCCUCAACAGACAGAAGGACGUAAAGGAUGGCAAGUACAGCCAGGUAUGUGACUGCAGCAGACUUGAGACGUCUGGUGACUCAUUUCCAAAAAUGGAACGAAACUAUUUUGAGUUUGUGUUGACGUCCCGUCAAUGGUUUAUCAAUACAAAUUGAGUCAUUUAUUUCUGAAAGCUAAACGGAAAUUUGUCUCCCAAGAGUCCAGUCUUACAAUGGUCCUUGUGUGUUAUAGGUCCUUGCUAACGGUCUGGACAACAAGCUGAGAGAGGAUCUUGAGAGGCUGAAGAAGAUCAGGGCUCACCGUGGUCUCAGGCAUUUCUGGGGGUAAGCGCUGUUCUGACAUCCAGCUAUAUAGGUUUAUUUUAUGACCCUGGCUGUGAACCCACUCAGAAGGAUUUGGGAUAUGCAACAAAAACAUUUUUUUCCCAAUUGACAUGUGAAAUAGGACAAAUAUAAGCACCCACCAAAUUAUACAUUUUUAUAUUGCAUGGCUGUUUUAUGUAUUAAAUGAAAAGGGAGAAAUUCCAAUUUUCAGCUAAAGGGCUGGUUUCCCGGACAGACUACUUAGUGCCGGGUUGUUUAUUAGGGCACAUGGAAAAUAAAAACAAGUGUUUCUUGUUGGAUGAGUUCAAUCCCUAUUUUUGGACAACAUCCUAAUCAAUCAAAUUGUAUUUAUAAAGCCCCUUUAACAUCAGCAGAUAUCACAAUGUGCUAUACAGAAACCCAGCCUAAAACCCCAAACAGCAAGAAAUGCAGAUGUAACCUUUUGUGAUUGGACUAAAAAGCACUUUCAAUAGACUCUUUGAAUAUGCUUGCAAGCCAUUCCAGGAAGCUGGCCCUAAAUGCUCUGUAAAUGGUGUUUAGAUUGAUCUCUGUACUGCUGAGAUGUUAUAUCAAGAAGGCAUUGUUAGCCAAUUGAUUUUGUAGUCAAUUGCAGUAAAACUCUAAAUGUUGCACAAGUUCCUUGAGUAAGUGCUUAUUGUAGGCAUACCAAUGUUAUGGUAUAAUGGUAUGCACAUUCGUCAAUGUGUUCAAAUAAUUUUCAGUGUUUGUCCUACAAACCUACUGUGUUUUCUCACAUGUUGACUUCCUGGAUACAUUUGUACUGACUGACUGUUAUCCCUCUCUCUUUCAGUCUGCGUGUGCGUGGCCAGCACACUAAGACCACCGGUCGUCGUGGUCGCACCGUUGGUGUGUCUAAGAAGAAGUAAACUGUCUCCCUGCUCACCAUGUGUCAAUAAAUGCCACAGUUCACACAUUUGGCUGUUUGUUCAUCUCUUCAUACUGAGUUGUUUUGGUGCAGUUGUUUUUGUUGACUCAGAUCGGAGCCUCGGUCAGUAGCACUUUUGGCUUUCUUUGCUCCCAUGUAGGUAGUUGAUUGUCACUUGUUGCCCAGAGACUUCACCCACCUGGGCCACAUUCUGUAAACAAAGGUUGUGGGAAUGUCAUGAAUGGAACUCAUGAGAUUCCUUAUUCUACAAUUUCAGGUAUGUCAAUUUCUUCUGAAUGUUCCACAAUGUUCUGGCCAAGUCUAAAUCGAUCCCUAAUGAGGGGACUGAACACGGGCACUGUAAACAGACCUCAAGGCCAGGAUUUGAAAAGGUGGUGUACACUAUACUCAUACAUAUACAAUGUGGUGUACUUUUGAAAAGGUUGUAGAAGGGAUUGGAGUGAUGGUCGGAUAGAAGUCCUAGGUUUUUGCAAUCUAGUAAAUGGAAUGAAAUGCUGCACUGUCCACCUAGGUGUUAUGGGUCAAAUUCUCAUAACAUGCAACCAAGUUUCAUUUUGGUCAAUUAUUGCAGAAUUGACUAAAGAUUAGGCCAAUUUACUACACUGAACAAAAAUAAAUGCAACAU